AUGGGAGUUCCAGAUUUCCUUCAGGACAAAUCAAAUCCAGCUGGCUAUGUAUUUCAAAGUGUUCAUGAAUUUGCCCUGGACAGUAUCCGUCUUGUGAGACGUUGUACAAAGCCUGAUGCUAAAGAGUUCAGAAAUGUUGCAUAUGCCUGUACUGUUGGUUUCUUUCUGAUGGGAUUUAUUGGCUACUCAGUCAAGCUCGUUUUCAUUCCCAUUAACAAUAUUAUCAUGGGAGGGCAAGCUCCAUAA